ACUAUUUGUGGCCGGCGUGGUGGAAGGACACAGUGAGGUUCUCACCCGCGCCCCCCGCCCCCCGCUCGCAUCCCCAGCUCCAUCAAAGCGGGCCCGGGCCAGCGCAAGGAUCUCCGAGUUGCGACUGUGCUGAGGCUGGGACUGUCACUCAUUCUCCGAUCCGCGCGUGAACGCAGCUCGGCGGCCGCUGGCAGGAAACAAUUCUGCAAAAAUAAUCAUACUCAGCCUGGCAAUUGUCUGCCCCUAGGUCUGUUGCUCUGCCGCCGUCCACGCUUGCUGCAAGGGGGGAGGCACAGAAUUUGCCGCGGCACGAACAUCCCUCCCAGCCAGCAGAUUACAAUGCUGCCAACUAAGGAUCUCAUCUGGACUUUGUUUUUCCUGGGAACUGCAGUUUCUCUGCAGGUGGACAUUGUUCCCAGCCAAGGGGAAAUCAGCGUUGGAGAGUCCAAGUUCUUCUUGUGUCAAGUGGCGGGAGAUGCCAAAGACAAAGACAUCUCCUGGUUCUCCCCCAAUGGAGAAAAGCUCACCCCAAAUCAGCAGCGAAUCUCGGUGGUGUGGAACGAUGACUCUUCAUCCACGCUCACCAUCUACAACGCCAACAUCGACGACGCCGGCAUUUACAAGUGUGUGGUCACUGGCGAGGAUGGCACUGAGUCAGAGGCCACAGUCAACGUGAAGAUCUUCCAGAAGCUCAUGUUCAAGAAUGCACCAACCCCACAGGAGUUCCGGGAGGGAGAAGAUGCCGUGAUCGUGUGCGAUGUGGUCAGCUCCCUGCCCCCAACCAUUAUCUGGAAGCACAAAGGCCGAGAUGUCAUUCUGAAAAAAGAUGUUCGAUUCAUAGUCCUGUCCAACAACUACCUGCAGAUCCGGGGCAUCAAGAAAACAGAUGAGGGCACCUACCGCUGUGAGGGCAGGAUCCUGGCAAGGGGGGAGAUCAACUUCAAGGACAUUCAGGUCAUUGUGAAUGUGCCUCCCACAGUCCAGGCCAGACAGAGCAUAGUGAAUGCCACCGCCAACCUGGGCCAGUCCGUCACCCUGGUGUGUGAUGCCGAAGGCUUCCCAGAACCCACCAUGAGUUGGACCAAGGACGGGGAACAAAUAGAGGAUGAGGAAGACGAGAAGUACAUCUUCAGUGAUGACAGUUCUGAGCUGACCAUCAGGAAGGUGGAUAAGAAUGACGAGGCUGAGUAUGUCUGCAUUGCUGAGAACAAAGCUGGCGAGCAGGAUGCGUCCAUCCACCUCAAAGUCUUCGCAAAACCCAAAAUCACAUAUGUAGAAAACCAGACGGCCAUGGAACUGGAGGAACAGGUCACGCUGACUUGCGAGGCCUCAGGAGACCCCAUUCCCUCCAUCACCUGGAGAACGUCCACCCGAAACAUCAGCAGCGAAGAAAAGGCUUCGUGGACUCGACCAGAGAAGCAAGAGACCCUGGACGGGCACAUGGUGGUACGCAGCCACGCCCGCGUGUCUUCACUCACCCUGAAGAGCAUCCAGUACACGGACGCCGGGGAAUACAUCUGCACAGCCAGCAACACCAUCGGCCAGGACUCGCAGGCCAUGUACCUCGAAGUGCAGUAUGCCCCUAAGCUGCAGGGCCCCGUGGCUGUGUACACAUGGGAAGGGAACCAGGUGAACAUCACCUGUGAAGUGUUCGCCUACCCCAGUGCCACCAUCUCUUGGUUCCGCGACGGUCAGCUGCUGCCAAGUUCCAACUACAGCAAUAUCAAGAUCUAUAGCACCCCCUCGGCCAGCUACCUGGAGGUCACCCCAGACUCGGAGAAUGACUUCGGGAACUAUAACUGUACAGCUGUGAACCGCAUUGGACAGGAGUCAUUGGAGUUCAUCCUGGUCCAAGCCGACACGCCCUCUUCGCCCUCCAUCGACCAGGUGGAGCCAUACUCAAGUACGGCACAGGUGCAGUUUGAUGAACCAGAAGCCACAGGCGGGGUGCCCAUCCUCAAGUACAAGGCCGAGUGGAGAGCCAUGGGCGAGGAAGUGUGGCAUUUCAAGUGGUAUGAUGCCAAAGAAGCCAACAGGGAGGGCACCGUCACCAUCGUGGGCCUAAGGCCUGAGACAACCUAUGCGGUGCGGCUGGCGGCUCUCAACGGCAAGGGCCUGGGCGAGCUUAGCGCCGCCUCUGAGUUCAAGACACAGCCAGUCCAUAGCCCUCUUCCACGAGAACCAAGUGCCCCGAAGCUGGAAGGGCAGAUGGGAGAAGACGGAAACAGCAUUAAGGUGAACCUGAUCAAGCAGGAUGACGGUGGCUCCCCCAUCAGACACUACCUGGUCAAGUACCGAGCGAAGCUGUCCUCCGAGUGGAAGCCAGAGAUCAGGCUCCCGUCAGGCAGCGACCACGUCAUGCUCAAGUCCCUGGACUGGAAUGCAGAGUACGAGGUCUACGUGGUGGCUGAGAACCAGCAGGGCAAGUCCAAGGCAGCUCGUUUUGUGUUCAGGACCUCGGCUCAGCCCACUGCCAUCCCAGCCAACGGCAGCCCCACAGCGGGCCUGAGCACCGGGGCCAUCGUGGGCAUCCUCAUUGUCAUCUUCGUGCUGCUCCUGGUGGUGGUGGACAUCACCUGCUACUUCCUGAACAAGUGCGGCCUGCUCAUGUGCAUCGCAGUCAACCUGUGUGGGAAGGCCGGGCCUGGAGCCAAGGGCAAGGACAUGGAGGAGGGCAAAGCCGCCUUCUCGAAAGACGAGUCCAAGGAGCCCAUUGUGGAGGUGAGGACUGAAGAGGAACGGACCCCCAACCACGACGGAGGGAAGCACGCGGAGCCCAACGAGACUACGCCGCUGACAGAGCCCGAGCUGCCUGCCGACACCACAGCCACUGUCGAGGACAUGCUGCCUUCUGUCACCACCGUCACCGCUAACUCUGACACUAUCACCGAAACCUUUGCCACUGCUCAGAACAGCCCUACCAGUGAGACCACCACCCUGACCUCCAGUAUUGCCCCCCCAGCCAAUGCCACCCCUGACUCAAACUCUGUGCCCGCCGGCCAGAUCUCCCCUUCCAAGGGGCCCGGCGCUGUCACCUCUGCCCCAUCCCCUGCCUCAGCCCCCAAGGUGGCCCCACUUGUCGACCUGAGUGACACCCCGACUUCAACCCCCGCUGCCAGCAAUUUGUCUUCUAGCGUCCUGGCUAACCAGGGGGCUGUACUCAGCCCCAGUGCCCCUGCCAGCGUUGGGGAGGCUUCCAAGGCCCCUCCGGCCAGCAAGCCUGCCCCCGCGCCAGGCCCUGCCUCGGCCGGGACAGCCAGUCCCCUAGCAGCGGCGGCUGCCCCUGCCCCAGAAACCCCCCCGGCCAAGCAGGAGGCUCCCAGCACCAAAGGCCCGGACCCCGAGCCCACCCCGCCCGGAGCCGUGAAGAGCCCGGCCGAGGCAGCCACGGGCCUCUCUAGCCCGAAGAGCGAGGGCGCCUCCGUCAACGCCACAAACCCUGCCCAGGGCGAGGACUUUAAAAUGGACGAAGGGAACUUCAAGACCCCUGAUAUUGACCUUGCAAAGGAUGUUUUUGCAGCCCUGGGCUCUCCUGCUCCCGCCGCUGGGGCCAGUGGACAAGCCCCUGAGCUUGCUCCUUCCACUGCAGACAGCUCUGUUCCGCCUGCACCAGCCAAGACCGAGAAAGGCCCCGUAGAAGCAAAGCCGGAGUGCCCGGAGACAGAAACGAAGCCAGCGCCAGCCGAUGUGAAGACGGUGCCCAACGACGCCACACAGACAAAGGAGAAUGAGAGCAAAGCAUGAUGGGGGACGAGAAGCCAGCAAAGAUCAAAAUACAAAGUGACACAGCAGCUUCACCAGAGCAUUUCCAAUGUUCCAACACACACAUACACACACACACACACACACACACACACACACACAUGAACAUUCGCGCACACACACACAUCUCAUUCCUCUAGUGUCUUUUGCCUUUAAAAAAAAAAUUGAAACCGAUAAACACGGGAUCUCCUUUUUGUAGGUUUAUAGAAAGGGUUCCUUUGUUGAGGCACUCACUUGUAAGAAAACGAGACAAAAAGGUUAAACCCACAGCCAAACUAGGACACUGCGUUCCCUGAAACCAUUUAAAAAUCAAACAAAAGGACCCCAAAUUAAGAAUCUAGGAAGCUCAGAAAAAAAAAUCUAGGUUCAGGAAGAGUAUGCUGGUAGUGCCCAGCUGGCAUAGGCCAGUUACAGAGAAAUGCUUCCAGGCUCUAAGACUAACCGAAUGAACAAAGUCCACGUUUAUUUUUCUACUUUCAGUCGAGUUUGAACUCUGUAAAACCUCAUAGAUCAGUUAUCAUUUCUGUUCACUUUGUAUUUGUUCAGUAUGCAAAGUGUGUCACCCUUUCUAGCUGAAUUCAAUUCCCACAUAGACUCUUGUUUUGUAGGAAGAAUGCCAAAUUGCAGCUUGUGGGGGUAGAUCUCAAAUUUGCAGUAUUCUGCUUUCUUUUUUUCCGUCCUUUUCAUUUUUUCCUUUUCUUUCUUUUUCUUUCUUUUUUUUUUUCUCCCCUUUCUGCCAACUUUGUUUUCCAGUGUUUACAGUUGACAAACGUUUGACUUCGGUUUUGUUGAAAUGUCCAUGUCAGAUAGCUGCCUUCUUUUUGUUUGGGGAUUUGGGGUUUUGGGGUUACAAAUACUGCCUCAAGGAGGGUAGGACCAUCAGAGGCUGGCUUGAGUGCAGGACAACUUUACAAACUCCGAUGUUUACAGCGGCUCUUCCCCUCCCCCACUCUGAUUAGACAUUUUUGCCUGUGGGUCACACAGGUGAGAAUCUAUCUGGUCCUGAAAUGACUUUGCUUUUGGGUUUUGGGUUCCUUUUCUUUCCUUUUCUUUUUAAUUUUCUCGGGGUCUAGACCACUUUCCACUUAGCCACCACCUACCUAUUUCUGUGAAAAAAAAAAAAAAGGAAUCUGCACCCCGCCCCCCCAGGCGUUCUCGUCCUUCCUCUGGAAGGACAUCUUAGGCUUUGUUGAAUGAAGCAGAAAAGAUUGUAUAGUUGGGGCUGGUCUUGGUGAACACACAUUUUUACCCCAAACAUCCCCUUUUUGUAGAAAGCCAAAUAAAAUAUAUACAUACCAUUUCCUUUUAAGCCCAAAAAUCUUGAUUUGAGCGGAAGAGCAUGUGGGCUUCAGGGAUUUAGUGUCUUUUUUUGGGAAUCUGUUGAAGUAAAGUAACAUCAGCCUUCUGUUCAGUUAGGCAGCAUUUGUAGAAACAAAAGAAAGAAGAAGAAGAAAAAUAAUGAAACCAACCUGCUGUCUGGAGUCAUAAUACAACUUUCCUGGAUUUGAAACCAAGUGGGGAAAAAAAAAUACAGAAACUUUAAGGGGGAUGGGAGGGGGGAGAAGGGAAAAGCCAGCCCUUUGUAUAGAAAUUUUGCUUUUUUUUCCCCCUCAUUCUACUUUAGAACUGCAAGCUUGUGCACUGUGGAUGCGUGAAUAUUUUAGUGUGAAAUGUGUUUUUGUCAUAGUAUUGAAAUAAAACUUCAACAUAGUUUGGUUGUGGAAGGUAUAGCAGAUAGUUCAGAAGAAAAAAAAUUAUUCAGGAAACAAAAAUAACUCUUAAAAGGAACUGAAGCCUUUAAACAAAGAAGAUGAAGAAGAUGCUAAGUAAACAGAAACAGUACUCUAGCACGCGUGCCUUUCCCGAGGUACAAAACAGCAAGAGGUUAGUGGCAUAAGUGCCCCGGACUCAGUUCUGUGGGCCACACUCCCCAAUGUUCUGACACUUCUGCAAUCUGAUCAGUGGCGAUAUGCUAGAUUAUCAUUUCAAACUGUGAAAAAUAACGGUCUUGUCAUUUGCUACAUGUGGGGUUAUUUUGCAUUUUCUCAGCUCCUGGGGAUGGAAAUGGAGGAUCCCGGUAUACCCAGCUGCGGCCUCUUUGAUUCUAGGUCUUGCACACAUCUAUGGUUCAAAUGCACACACCCCUUUUAGAGCACACAGCAAUGAGUGGGGUGUCGGAGACAGCGCAGACCCCUGGGGUGGGGUGGGGCUGGCAGCCACAGAAUCACUUUUUCCGCCUUGUGAUGCUUGUGGCUUUGACCACCGCCAAGCCCGCACUAUACCUCAUAGAGACACUGUACAUCUCCCCACAUGGCUGCGGUGAGGCAAGCCAAGUCUGGUUUUGCAGUCAGGAAAAGCAAGAGGUAUAGUUCAACCCUUUAAACACCUGGCCCAGGGCAGCUGACCACCCCCACCAGAACCCUGGCCCCGCCAUUCACUGGAACCCAAGAUUGCCCACGUUUUGAUCUGCCUCUCCUCUGAAACGUAGAUUUGUCUCCACACACGUGAACUUUCCUUUCUUAAAAAUAAAAAUAGCAAUGCUUUCUCUGAAAUUGAAGGGGAAGACACUUUAUUUUCCAAAGGUUCUUUCAUGUUGAGAUUUAAAACUUAGAAUUUGCCUUUUUUAAUUUUUUGGAAGGAGGGAUCAACUCUACUAGUUUCCAAUGUCUAUGUGUCUAUAUGUGUACUUGCCAUACAUAUGUAUUCACAUAAGUACCGGCAUAGCCACGUUCUGUGGGGCGGGGGGGCACUCAAGUGCCAUGCACGGGGCCUCCGUGUCCUGAGGGCCGUAGUGUAUAUAGUGCAGCUUUUGAAGUGGAACUCUAUUUUCACACUUUUCUAUGGAGCCUUCCAAGUCCUGGGUUUUCACUCUAGGCUGUCUGUCUGGAUGGUGGUUUUUAGACCUCCAUUAACAUCCCUACCCAGCAUUCCCUACUUCGGGGGCCUUCUCUCUUGUUAUAAACUUUUUACCAAGUGAAACAUCAAUACCACCUUUGUUUCCAUUCUCACUGGUGUAAAUACUGAGUACUAACUGAGAAUUUUGACUUUGCAUUCUGUCAGAAUACUUGUGUUCAAUAAAAAUUGAAAGGAAAAAGUAAAA